GAAAAGAACAGCCACCCUCUCUCUCUCUCUCCUCCAAAACGCUCUCCAACGAGUCCACCCUCUCUCUCUCUCUCUCUCUCUCCACUCACUCCCUCCCUUCCUCUAAAAUCCCCAAUUCCAAUUUCGAUCCCGAUCGAAGCGUCUUCAAUCCACAAAAAGGGAUAUGUGGCACCAAGUGCCUCGAGUUCUCCACAGCAGAGAUAAUAAGUAAAAGAAAACAAUGGGAGGCUGCUGCUGCUGUUCUUCCAAAGGAACGGAGCUAAAUGCUGCACCAACAUACUAUUACUUUCCAAGGACAUCAGAUGAGCAAGUUCCUUUAUCGUCUCGCCAAGGAGGUGCCUCUGCAGUCUCUACUGGGCUCCUAGUUGAUACAAAUUUGGAUACAUCAAUACCUGACACUUAUAGACCACCUCCUGCCCCUAUUCCAUAUGAUGUGGCUAUAGAAGAUCCUCAUACUCCACCAUCGGUGCAAGAGAUUUGUGGCAGCAAGAGUGAAUCAGCAUUGCAGACAGCAACAAAUUCUGAUUCGGUUCAAGAAGCAGUUGGUCGAAAUACCCGAGAAGCUUCACCCAAGUGUGAAGACCUGAAGGAUGCGGACUGCAAAGCCCAAACUGAUUCAGAACUUGAUCCGUUGAAGAAGUCCGAAGUUGAACUUGAGAAAUCAGUGGAAUCUUUUACUUUAACAAUAGAGGAAGAGGAUCUUUGUCCCACCUGUUUGGAAGAGUAUGAUCCACAAAAUCCAAAAAUUACCACAAAAUGCGAUCAUCAUUUUCACCUUGCUUGCAUUCUUGAAUGGAUGGAACGAAGUGACACAUGUCCUGUGUGUGAUCAGGAAAUGAUAUUUGAGUCUCCAAUCUAGUAUCAUCCAGCAAUUGAAGUCCAGUUCUCUCCAUUUUGAAGUAUGGUUUGAGAUGCCGAGGUUACAAAUGCACGAAGGUUUUUAUUUCCUCCUAUUCUGUGCUCAUGGUUAGGUGCCAGUCACAGAUAUGGUUGGUUUUUGGUUUUGUUUGUGGAGCUAUGCUCGUUCAAAUGCAGUGCCCUUGUGCAUUUGAUUCCUUUCAACUCAAUGAUAAUGAAAAGGAAGAGGGGUUAGAGUUGACACUGGCAUGAAAUUAGUAUUGAACUCGAUUUUCUAUUUGUAGUGCAUACAUCUUAGAUCUUAGAGCAAAGUAUUAUGAAUGGUAGAAUGAAUGACAUGGGUUAAAAUAGAUCAUGAAUAAGGGGAUAGUAGUCAGAUUCAUUGUCCACAAUGGCAGGUUAGUUUCUUUCUUGUUUUCUUGUGGUGAGCCUGGCCAUAUGUGAGCUGCUGAUUUUUGUUCUCUCCCUUGUCAUAUAAAUGGCAUCAAAUUACUGGUCCGUUGCUGGUGGUGGAGUCGUUUAGUGUAUAUGGAGGAUGGAAGGUGAUGGAAGGUUCAUAAUGGUUUUUCAGAUUAUUUAUGUAUAUAACGAGCUUGGUGAUAGGUUUUGAUUGAGUUGAUCGACAUGUAGAUUCGUGUUAUACAUGUUCAACGUUCUGUCUUUUAUUAAUACCAUACAUAUAUACAUAUAGUUGCUCUUUUUUGGUCACCA